AUGGCCUACCAAAAGACCCGCCGCACGUAUGACAUUCCAAGGGGCGCCGCAGCCUGCAGGAACUUUAGCCUAGAACAAGCUCGUGUGGCGCCAGAUCGCGAUCUGACAACGCUCGCCGCAUUGAAACGCUGGCAUGAAGCCGAAGAGUACUUCAAGAUCUCCUUCGUCAGCGCCUACCCCCAAAGCACCGGACUGUUCAUGAUAAAGAAAGGAAGACCUUCUCCGCUCUAUCCAAGCCGUCGAAAACGCACGGGCGUUGAAGAAGCUGACAGCGGGGUAUUCGACCGAUUACAGCGCUUACAAGUUACACCGCUCGCCGCACUGAAACGCUGGCAUGAAGCCGAAGAGUACUUUGAGAUCUGCGUGACCAGCCUGGAGGUAGACCUUCUCCGCUCUAACCAAGCCGUCGGAGAUGCACGGGCGUUGAAGAGGCUGACAGCCACCUACGUGACCCUUCACCUCGCAACCAUUGGCAAAGCAAUCAAGAUCGGUUCAGAGGAUGAGGUCAGGGAGCUUCUGCCCAGCGUGGAAACUGGGACAAGCAAGGAGUUGAGCAAGGUCUGCCGACACGACUGCCGUUUCCUUUCUUGUAAAGAUGACUCUACCUGGGCACCAACGGCGCACAAGGAGAUGUUUUGGACCAUCGAAGGUUGA